CAGGCGCUUCAGAACUGAAUCCACAACAACAAGAAUCGAAUCCAGAAGCACACAGAAACCCAUGAUCAGUUGUUUUUCGUUUUUUCCUUGAGCAAAAAAUCCAUAAACACGUGCGCCGGAAAAAACCCCAUCAGCAAAACAAAAGAAAGAAAGAAAAAGCUCCAAGAUAUUUUUCAAUGGCGUGCGCCCGAGGUACUGAAGCCGUGAAAGUAGUGCUUAUUGAAACGCAGUACGUGAAAACGGACUCCAUGAGCUUCAAAUCCGUAGUUCAGAACCUUACCGGCAAGGACUCGUGUGUUACAUUGAUAGAGAAGAGCAGAAAGAGAAAGAGACAACCGGUUGCGACUGCAAGCGGCGCCAGCGGCUUUGAGAGGUCAGGCGGCGCCGGCGGAAAUAAAAAUAUUUCGAUGUUAACGGAGGGCCUGUCGUUUAAGGACUUGGAUAAGUUGAUCUUGGAGGCGCCUCCAAUGGAGGAAUUGCUCUGGCUCUGGGCUGAGUAGAAUUAAGAGAUUUUUUCUUUUUUGUAAGUAAUUACAGCGUUUAUAUUUUGUUUGAAUUUAUCAUUAAUUGGUGGAAAAGUGGAAUAAGUUGUUUAUUUAAUUAGAGGCCAAUAAAUAUAUAUUUUGUAUGCAUUAGAUGAAAUCCAACAA